AUGGCAACAGAACGUUGUGCUGGCCGUCUCCACGGCAACGGAGGCGGGGCUCCCGGGAUCGGAGAAGCCCUGGCAGCUGUGCUUGCCUUCGACCGGCGGAGGGAGAUUUGGGGCGAGCCCGAGACGAUGGCUUCGGACCUGGAGGAGAGGGUGCGCGCGGCUUUCAGGGACAAGCUGCAGCUGAUGAAAAUCCCUGAAAAAGAAGGUGGCUUUUUGCCUCCUGCUUGUUGCCUGUUGGAGAAAAGGAGAGAAUUGGUUCAGGUGGAACAGGCUCUCCUAGCCCAGAAAGAGGAGUUUCAGAUGAAGAUGGAAGAUUUGCAACGUCGUCGGCAGGAGCUAGAGCGCAAAGAAGGAAAGCUGAAAGAGGCCAUCUUGAAGUUUGACAAGUUCCUGAAGGAAAACGACGCCAAGAAGAGCCGGGCGCUGCGCAAGGCCGGUGAGGAGCAGCGGCAAGCGGCCCAGAGAGGAGCGGAAGCUGAGCGCCUUCGCCAGGAAAUUGCCCGGUUGCUGAUGGUGAAAGAGGCAUUGCAUCAGCGCCUGGUGGCCCACAAGGCUUUCCCCACGUACCUGCAGAAGGUCCUGGAAAAGUCAGAGCAGUUUCAUGAAAUCCCGGAGCUGAUCAGCCGGUUCCAGGCUCUGUUGGCCACGCAGGCCGCCUUGGUCCAGAGGGAGCUGGCUGCCCGCGAAGCCGUGGAGGAGGAACGCGCCUGCCUGCAGCAGUUCGUGGAGGAGAGCAGCAACCAGAUCUUGCAGCAGAACAACCUGGUGGCCGAACUGCAGGGCCAGCUGGAACAGAACCGGACCAGGGUGCAUGAAUUGGAGUCUAGCUGGGUCUGCAUCCAGAACACAGCUGCCGACAAGACGCUGGAGCUUGGCAAGAUCAAGCUGGCUGCUUUGAACCUCUUCCAGAUGGUGGCCAAGCACAGGAGGCUGCCGGCCGACGUGCCGCUGGAGGACACGGAGGCCCAGCUUGAUGCGGUCCAGCUCUGUGUUGUCGACUUAAGUGAUAUCCUUGCUGACUUCCGCAAAGGGGAGCCGAUGCCACUUCCACAGCCGGGACUGACGACAGCGCCCCAGUCUGAGCCGGAGACCAGCUAA